AUGACGGAAAAGGAAACAUGGCCUAGCUGGGUACAGCAGCAACGGGAGCACAAGAGCACCCCAACCAAGUGGAUUACCGCCAACCGGAAUUUGGAUAACGAACUAAACGGAGGAGGAGUCGGCGGUGGCGGUGGAGGAAGUAAGACCACAUACAAUGUCAUUGCCACGCCCAGCUCAGGAGGAGGUCAUGGCGGCGGAGGUGGUGGCGGCGGCGGUGGUGGUGGUGGCGGACAUGGAUAUGCUCAUAGCCAUGGCUAUUCCCAUGGAGGCGGUGGCGGAGGCGGAGGCUCGGCUCAGAUCAUCAAGGUCAUUCUGCAAGAGGGCCAAGGCUACAGCAAUGCUGGCGGCAUCGCGGCUAGUGGACACAGCUAUGGACAUGGCUAUGCCAGCGGCCAUGGUCACGGCCACAGCCACGGCUCCUAUGGCGGUCAACAGGAACAGAUCUUUAAAGUUAUCGAGCAAGCCCCGGCUCCGAUCCCAGUCUCAUCUCCAGUUGCCUACCAUGCAGUAAGCGGCGGCGGCGGCGGCAGUGGCUACUCCUAUGGCCAGGGUCACUCGUCCCACUCCUAUGGACAGUCCUACGCUUCUGGCCAUGGCUAUGGCGGCUCCUCCUCCUACGAUGUGCAGCAGCUUAAUGCCAUCCUGCCACAGAUUCUCCAGCUGGUGUUGCAAGAGGACGCCUUCGGUAGUGGCGGCGGCGGCUCAGCCGAUUUGGGUGCCAUUAACGGGCAGCUGAUCAAUGCUUUCGGCAGCAAGGGCAAUGCCAUCAUCAUGAAGGCCGAUCAGGCCCAGGACGCCUUCUUCAAGAGCGGCCACGUUGUGCAGCGCGGGACUCUGAAGGUGAUGCGUGUCCAGGACAAUCAGCAGCAACAGGUUCAGUCUGGUGCAGCUGCUAGUGGCUGGAGCAAUGGUGGUUCCUCCCAUGGGGGUGGCGGCUGGAGCAGCGGUGGUUCCGCUCCAAGCAGUGGCUGUGGCCGUGACCAU